AUGUUUGAAAAUUUAACUCUUGAGCAAAUUAAAUUAAAAUUAAAAAAUAAUGAAUUUAUUACUCGUAAAAAAAAUGGAAAAAGUGAUGUCUGGCAAAAUUUUUUAGAAAUUACAGAUCUUGAAAAUAAUUUUAUUGGUUAUGUUUUAUGUAAAAAUUGUGGUCAAAUUUGUACUUAUUCACAAAAAUCUGGAACUUCACAUUUAUUACGUCAUUCUUGUGCUUCUUCUAGUAAACAAUCAAAAAUUACAACAUUUUUACCAAAACAAUCUAUUCCAUCUAAUAUUAAAGAAUUAACUAUAAAUAAAUUAGUUAGAGAUGGGUUUAAAGAAUUUUCCCAAGAAAUGAUAAAUAUUGGUGCUAAAUUUGGACAAAUUCAAGUUGAUGAUUUAUUUUCACAUCCAACAACUAUAUCUAGAAAUGUUAUAAAAGAAGCUGAAAAAAUUAAAUCAAAUUUAACAACUAAAUUGAAUCCUAUUUUUCAAACAGUUGGUGGUGCGUUUACUACAGAUAUGUAG